ACUUAAAUUACAUUUUUCAUGCUAUAAACACAUGUGAUUUGGAAGUUUGACUGGUCUUUGAAAGGUUUAUUAAACUUUUAGUUAAGAGUAGGGCUAAUACCACUGGAAAUACCAUCCUUUAGAGAAAGUGCCAUUUAUAUUAUAUCGUUUUCGAAAACACAAAAAUAUUCCAAUCUAUUAAAGGUUUGUGUCAUUUGUGUUACGCGAAUUUAUGUUGACCGUUAGAAUUGACGGUUGACCUGACGGUGGCCCACUUUGUGUCCACGUAGGCGACACGUGGAUGUCAUGUUGGAAAAAAUGCUUUAAAAUUUUAAAAAUACUUUUUAACAAGAACAGCAACACACCAAAAAAAAAAAACCUCUCCUUCUUCUUUCACACAAACAUCGAUCGAUCCCUCCAAUUUUUCGUUUUUUUGUGCGUCCCUGGUUUUCUCUGAUUAACAGCGCAUUCCUCCUCCCCCAAAAUUGAAACCUAAAUCCGGCCACCGCCAUGCCAUCCCUCAAAACCAGCAUGGCCGCUGCUUCCUUCUCCUCCAAACCCUACAAAUGGCCUCGCUCCUCUUUCCGUCCUUCCCCUUCUCCCAAUUCCUCCGCCGCCGCCGCCAUCCCUCGUCCAUCCCCUUCCUCCGCCGCCGCACCGCCGUCGCUCUGUUCGGCCCAGAUCAGUUGCGGCAGAGCGUGGCGCAGGAUACCACCCUGCGCACACCUCGCUCCUUUUAAUGAUUCCCGGUACCCAAUCGUCGUCUUUAACCCCCCCUCCUCCUCUGAGUCCUCUCUGCAAGUGGCGAAGCUUUGGACGGCGGCGACGCUGGAGCUUAGGAAGGCCCCAAUCUCCGCACCCUGCAAAUCGAUCCAAACGCAGAGACCUACAGUUCAUCGGGGACGCCGACAUAGAGAGGUGGAGAGAGAGAUAGGAAACCGAAGGAUGGUGGGUCGACAGGGACAAGGGAUGGGGUGGGGGAAUGGGAGUGAAUAAAUGGGAUCUUGGUUUCGGGUUUCUCAAUCAAACAACCGCCACUUGCAAAGAGGACUCAGAGGAGGAGGGGGGUUAAAGACGAUGAUGGGUAAUCGCCGGGGAGAGCAGAGCAGGGGCGGAGGCGACGAUUCGACAGCUCCGCUCCUCCGAUCUCACUCCCAGCAACGAUCCGACUUCUUCGCCUCUACUCGCACGCCGAUUGAUUCCGCCCAGCUCGUCGAUUUAGGGAAAUUUUUUCCCUAUGCGAAGCUAGGGUUCUUCUGUGUUUCGCAGUGGAGGAAGAGGGGAAAGAUUGAGAAUGAAAAGAGUAAAGGGGAGCCCGAGUCGGUUUUCACUUUUACCUUGGUUUUUUUCCCCAGUAAAUAAACCACGUCAGCAAGCCACGUAGGAUCCAAGUAAGCGCUGACUGUGCGUUGAAAAGUCGCACAGUUAUGUUUAACGCCCAACUAACAGAGAAGACAUUUUAGUAUACAAAUGGCAUUUCGAAAACGAUGUAAUAUAAAUGGCACUUUCUCUAAAGGAUGGUAUUUCCUGUGGUAUUAGCCCUUAAGAGUAUCAUAAUUGUAUCACAAAUUAUGAGAUGAUCAAGGUGAAAAUCAUAACAAAAGGAAGUCAAAUUUUUUUCUGAAUUUGAUUCAGAUUCUUUCAUCACAUAAAAAGAAUUGUUAUCAAAUUUAGAAUGCAAAACUAUCUACCGAUAAAGAUAUAGGUAUUUUUGUCAUUAAAGAAAUUUAUAGCAGGGUAAGCAUAUGAUAUAUGAUGUUUGCUUAUAACAAGGACAAACAUCAUAGCACAUUAUCAACUAUUUGUCAAGAAAAAAGGAACUUAAGCUAGAAAAACAACUAAUGCCCUGCUUUGGACCACAUCAAAGUUCUUGCAUUUCUUUACAAAUCCCUCUUUGGUCACAUCAUAUUAUCCAAAAAAAUUAACGGAGGGGGAGAUAUAUUAAACAAAAAGAAUACAAUCGUUUAUGGAGAGGGAAACAUAUAUUAUUGUAAUUUGCUUUUUAUAAUGGUUUGCUAGGUAGAUAAGAACCUCAGCUCCGAAACCGACAAAAAUGGGAUUAGCAAGUGACAAAAGUUGGAUGGUAUAGAUUUAGGGUUGAGACUUUAUAUUCAACUCAAUGAUCCAAAUGAAAUGUAUUGGUAUCUUAAAUUUCAGAAAAGUUUUGCAUUUGCAAUCUUUAUAAUUUUCAUGGAUGUGAUAACAAAGCAUAAGUUACAUGUGCAAGGCUAAAUGAUAUGUUUUAGUUUGGUUAUUUAAACUAAUUUUAACUGAGCAAAAAGAAUAAAAUUAUUCGAUUGGAUUUAAUUGAAAGUAUAAACAAAACUAUCUCACGACAUAAAACUUUCUUUCAUAUGAUAACAAAGCAUAAGAUACAUAUGCAAGGCUAAACUUUCUUUCAUAUCAUCUAGCCUUGCAAUCUUAAUAAUUUUCAUGGAUGUGAUAACAAAGCAUAAGAUACAUGUGCAAGGCUAAAUGAUAUGUUUUAGUUUGGUUAUUUAAACCAAUUUUAACCGAGCAAAAAGAAUAAAAUUAUUAGAUUGGA